AUGCUGCGGUGGUGGCAGGCAACACUGGCCAAGUCGCCCAUCCUCACGGCCAGUGUCAGCAGUGCUGUUCUUUUCGGCAGCGGUGAUGUACUCGCGCAACAGGCCGUCGACCGCAAAGGAUGGGAAAAGCACGAUAUGGCCAGAACCGGUCGCAUGGCCCUCUACGGAGGAGCGAUCUUCGGUCCUGCCGCGACGACGUGGUUCAGCUUUCUGCAGCGCCAUGUCGUGCUGAAGAGCAAGACGGCCACCCUUGUGGCCCGUGUGACUGCAGACCAGUGUCUCUUCACUCCUACCCAUCUCACUUGCUUCCUGUCGUCCAUGGCUAUCAUGGAAGGCAGCGACCCCGUGGAAAAGUGGCGCAACAACUUUCUUCCCAGUUACAAGGCCAAUCUCGCCAUCUGGCCGUUCGUGCAGGGAGUGAACUUUACCUUUGUCCCGCUGGAGUUUCGAGUGCUGGUUGUGAACGUGGUUGCCUUGGGCUGGAACUGCCUUUUGAGUGUGAUCAACAGCGGUGACCAAUGAUUGUCACGUUACUUUGAAAGACGACUUUAGAGAUACCCCUUGCUUUCCAGUUUAUACAUGUCGCCAUCUCAUUGGAUCCUGAGGGAUAUAGAGGUAUUCUUGGCUUUAUUCUUUCGGGCGCAUUCAGGUAUAGUUGUUCCUGCAGUGGUUCGGGAGCCAUGAUCAUGGGGUUCAGGACCUGUAUGAUAUUUCAUUCGUACAUACAAGUAUCACCAUC